UGAAGCCAGUCGCCCUUCAUCAGAUUUCGCUCGCGACCCUUUCAAGACCCCUCGCUUCAGCCAUGGUCGUCAAAAUCCGUCUCGCCCGAUUCGGGCGCCGUAAUUCCCCUUUCUACAACAUUGUCGUAGCUCAUGCUCGGACUGCGCGCAACUCUCGUCCUCUCGAAGUCAUCGGCACAUACGACCCUAUUCCGAAGCCCGAUCCGUACGACAACUCUGGCAAGCUACACAAGGACAUCAAGCUCGACUCGCAGCGCGCAAAGUACUGGAUUGGUGUCGGCGCGCAGCCCACGGAUACGGCAUGGCGAUUACUAUCCAUGGUGGGAAUCUUGCCCAAGAAGCACUUUGCUCCAAAGGAAAGCGAGACCAAGGGUAGCGUUAAGGCUGGCGACGUGAAGAUUCGGUAGAGGACCCUGGAGGAGUGAAUAAGAGCGAUUGUGAAAAUAUGUGUGCGGCUGGUUGGAUUUGUAUGAUAUGUGUUUUGGGCAUUUCAAUGGCGUCGGGCAUGGAUUUUAUAGAGGGACAAAUACCAUAACAAGUUUAUUAUACGUAUGUGGUGAGCCAUUUCGUUGCGGGGACAAGAUAUGAUAUGUGCGUGCAGUUAUAACGUGUAUCUAUAUGUUGUAAUAUGAAUCUUCGCUAUCAAUUUCUAUAAAAAUGCAAAUUCCCUCACAAAUGUUAAAUCACUGCGAUUCAUCGGGAAGCUACAGCAUCUUUAU